AUGUCCCAGAAUGUCCCACCGUUGGGAUGGGGUCCCAACGGAGGUGGAUUCCAGGGACAGCCUGGCACUUACGGUAUGGGCAUGCAUCCCGACUCCUUCCAGGCGUAUUCCGCUGGCGCUGCAGCGAUACAUGGCCAUCAGCCUCCGGCAUCUUGGGCAGCGACCGGUAGUCAGCAAGAGCACAUGAACCGAGCAAUGGCUGGGGCAAGAGGAUCCCAACCUGAGUGGCAAUCCGAAGCUCUGCCAGGGCAUAUGGGAUCCGGUGGGGAUAAAGCUCACAUGUCCACUUUAUCACAGCCAUUCUUCGGUUCGUACCCGUCUCCACAACACACCGAACCGUCCUCCAGAGAGUACGGCAAUUCAGGCAUGAUCCCUCCUGGGUAUCAAGAUGCCCAACAUUAUCAAACCCCCGCGGAGAAAUUCCACAGUCAUUCACCGCAGUCGAUGGUUGAUCACCCCAGAUUCCAGAGUUACCCCGUCUCACGUUCGCAAUCACAGCACGCCCCGAAAGACCCAGCCCUCCAUGGAUUUUCACCACUGCAACAUGCGCAGAGCCAAUACCAGCAACAACACACGAUACGGACACACUCCGGGUCGGACGUCCCACAUGGCUGGGCGGGCGGACAAGGUCAACACGGCGGCAAUCAGCCCAAUCCGUUGGCCCAGAUCAAUCCGAAUCAAUUCAUACCACACCAUAUGCACGACGGGCCAGCUGGAUUCUCCGAACCCGCACCCGCUCAUCAAAUGUCUUAUCUCCCAUCCAACCAUUAUCAAACGCAGUCUGUGGAGGGACCAGGAAGACCCGCGGGGUCACAGUUUGUCAGUGGGCCAUGGGCUGCCACGCCCCCUUCUUCCGGGCAGUCUUAG